AUGAGACCAAAUGUAUGCUCCGUGAGACGAAUGCUACACUCUCGCUUGCUCUCGUCCCAGAAGCCUCCCACAUACUUUGGGAGUCUUUCCAAUCCACCCAAGACGCUUGAUGAAUUACGCAAUGAUGCCACUAGUACGAAACCAGAGAUCACUUCUGAGCAGUAUGGCUCAUCUAGUGCUUACCAACCAUCUACCAGCCAUUCUGAUCACUACGAAUCCACUAACCGAAUUCUCAGGUUUAAAGACAUCACCAUGAGUAUUUCGCUGAUUGCGGUCACAUGUCUGCUUUUUGAUCACAUAUUUGCUGCUAGAGAAGCCGACAAGCAGAUGGACGAGUUGACAAGAAAGUACCAAAAAAAUCUGAGGAGCUUACAGUUGAACUUCCAGCAACAGAAUCGCCAGAGGAAUCUGCAGACGCUCUCUGAGCGUAAGAAGAUGCUGCAACGCGAGAUGAAGAUGGGAUUGCACAUUGCUCUUCUGAGAGAGCAAUUGAUUGAGAAUGACAUCCAACCAGACUUUGAAAACCACGUAAAGGGAGAUAAUGCAUUGGCAGUGGUUCCCCAGACACUUUGGGUCAGUGAUGAUUCGAGUAAGUAUGUCUUUUUGUCGGUUUUCGAGUGGCAGUAA